GGGAGGGAAACAUCAUAGCCACAGGUGGAAAACAAGGCCUGCUGUGGCCAGCCAGUAGGAUAGCUGGGGAUUAGCAACGCAGCAGCUGCUAGGUAGAGAGAAGCACAUUGAUACGUAGAGAUGAUGAACACAUUAAGUUCUAAUGGGAAGGAGCUUCUAACUACCUGACUGAUGAGGUGAGGUAGUUGUGAGGCAUCCUGGGCUGUGGGUGCUUGAGGUGGGGUGGGUGUGUGAUAAGAUUCCUUGGGAGGACAAGGUGCUUUUUCUCAGGGAGUUUCCAGGUCCUUUUCCCAACAUGAAACACAAACUGCUUGUUCUCCAGACAGUGCUCGGGGGAACAUGCCUGUUGAGUUAUUGCUGCCUAGUCAGAAUUGAAGCUUUAGACUCAUUUCAGUUACCCUGCAAAAUACCCGAUGAAAGAUCUGAAUGGUGUCAGUGGUCCAUUAAAAGAGUAGAGACCCAGAGAUAAAGCAGCUUUAUUCUUGCUGCCUGCUCUUCUCUAAAAGAUCCACAAAGCUGAAGAGGAUCCCCCUGACAGCAGAGAUAGCGGACCUUCUUAGGAAGCAAAAAGCAGGGUUCAGAUUUGUCUGCCCCUCUUGGCAAUAGCAUACAGCCUGUGAGGAUGUACAGGAAAAUGCAAUAUUUGACAAGGUGGCAGCACCUUAUGUCACCUUAAACAUAAUCAGGUCACUGAAAACCUAUAACCAAGACUAACUAUGUAUCUUCAGCUCAAAGGGUACAUCCAUCUUUUCACAUGGCUCCAUCACAGGUAUCUGUCUCCCAAAACACACCUCGGGAGCGUAUGUGAUAGUUUGCAACACAGGAGCUGGGAAGGGAAUGGCUGCUUAGUGCUGGUGUCAGAGCCUGCUUCAGCACUGGCAGAGAUGUGCAGGCAGUAAGGAGGAUCUAAACUCAGAAGAAGAAAUGAUUAAAUUUGUGGUUAUAGUCAAUAUAGUUCAGAAUAGCUGAUUUAAGAAUUCAUGGCUUAUGUUGUGAGAUUUCCUAAGUCAUGGUGAUGAGUAAGAUACUGGUAGCUCAAUUAACAUGAAUAUUCUGCUGAGGCAGCCCCCCUAGCAUCGUAAACACAGAGUUUGGUUCUCUCCUUUUGUGUAAAGUUAAAAAAAAAAAAAGGAAAGGAAAGGAAAAAAAAAGGCUGUUGAACUCAUGUGGGGUUACAGCAUAACAAAGGAGAGAAACAAACCCUUCAGAAACAGGUGAGCAGUGAGGGCUGGACUAAUUUGUAGAUUGCCUUGCAGAAGCCUCUGUCCUGGACCAGACCCUGUGAGAAACAGGCAUGAAGCAAUGCCUAAUUUUGAAAACUUAAGUUAUAAGGUGGUGGAUAACAGAUGGGUAAAGGUAAGGGAGCACAGGGAAACAGUGUGGUAUUGUUAGCCAAAGAGGUCUUGCCACUUUGAUUAGCUUGGUCCCAGUGAACAUUUUCUGGGUAUUGUAGUGAAGGAAGGUUUAUGGGAGGAACUGAAGGACAGUGAGGUGGCUUUGUGGGUUUUUAGGGGGAGCAUGUCCCAGGUAUGAGGGUAGAGAAAGUGGGGGUGUGCUUGCUUUGAACAUUAAAAGAUAGCUGGCAUCCUGUCCUGAGCAAAGCACUUCAAUUCUGAAUGAGAGACCAAAGAUGGGGUGAGGAUGGGCUGUGACAUGUACUGAAAACUGAGACACGCGAUGGGACAGAGCAUUAAAUGGGAAGGUGUCAUGAGCAAGUGGUCUUCUUGGCAGCAGCGCUCCAGGUGGGUACGAGCAAGGCCAGAGGACACCUGUGCCAGAGAGCAGAAAGAAGAAUCACAUCAGCACUCUGGAUGCAGAAGGGCUGAGGAAGUGACUGCUCCAUUCACUUCUUAUCCAUUGCAUCAGAUUGCUGCUCUCAUCAGCAGGGUAUUGGUUCUGGCCUGGAGGACUGUCAUGACCCACUCAGAAGAGGAGGGUAAGUUACUCAGAUUGGCAAAUCCCCAGCGGCGUGGACUAAGAUAAUGAGGCAAAAGUUAUUAAUUGGACAUGAUGGCCCUGAAAACAGAGAGCUAACAGGCUUCACUAGUUGCACCAGAGCAGAACCAUCCUGUCUCCACAGGGCUCCCUCCUCCAGCCACAUCCUCUCCCAUGUGCUAUUCCUCCCACAUGGGUCGAGCGUUUGCCUUACCAGUUCACUGAGCACAAAGCCUGCAUUAUCCAGACUCCACAUUAUCCACCCCGUGACUAUGGUUUCAUUUCAAGGGAUUUUGUCCCAACACCACUUGAGGGUGUGUGGGGACUUUUGUCCCAAGCAUCCACCCAGGACUCACAGCCAGGCAGAGCGAGGGGAAGGAGCUGUCGUCUCUUCUCCCCUGAGCCAUGUCGGCAGCCCUGGAGGAGUUCUGUGGCUCCGUCUUUUGGAAUGCCUCCUACCUCACUCGUCCAGAUGCCGACCUGCCCGUGUGCUUCCAGCAGACUGUGCUGGUCUGGGUCCCCCUUGGCUUCUUCUGGAUUUUGGCUCCAUGGCAGAUCCUGCCCAUGUGCAAAUCCAGAGCCAAGAAAUCAUCUGUGACCAAACUCUACAUCAUCAAACAGGUGCUGGCUACCUUGCUGAUGCUGACAGCAGCGGCGGAGUUGGCCCUGGCGUUUGUAGAGGACACAGAGCAGGACCCCCUGCCAGCUGUCCAGUACACAAACCCCAGCCUGUACAUUGCCACCUGGCUCCUGGUCCUGCUGAUCCAUGAUGCACGACGCUUCUGCCUGCGCAGAGACUCGGGGAUACUUUUCUGCUUCUGGACACUGUCCCUGCUCUGUGGGAUAUUGCCAUUCCAGUCACUCCUCCGGAGAGCCCUGCAGGCACCAAUCUCUGACGUGCCACGGUUUGUCCUUUUCUUCAUCUCCUACGGGCUCCAGCUGCUGCUUUUUCUUGUCUCGGGCUUCUCAGACGUUGCCCCAGAAACAAAGGAAAUCACGAAGAAGAACCCAGAGGUGACAGCCUCCUUCCUGAGCUCCAUCACCUUCGCGUGGUACACCAGCAUGGUUUUCAAGGGCUAUCGCAAACCCUUGGAGAUAGAGGAUAUCUGGGAAUUGAAAGGUAAAGACAAGACGCAGGCUAUUUACGCUGUUUUGGAGAAGAACAUGAAGACUGCGGUGAGGAAGGCCCAAGCAGAACUGGAGAAACGGAAACGCAAGAAAAGACGCCGGGAAGGUGACCCAGACCAUGGGAACAAUGUGAGCAAGGCCCAGAGCCAAGACAUCCUGGUGCUGGAGGAAAAGCAGCCGAAGAGGAAGAAGAAGGGAGACAAAGGGGACUCUGGCCCUCGCAAGGAUUUCCCCCGGGGCUGGUUGGUGAAAACCCUGUGCAAGACCUUCUGGCAGAACCUCCUGCUAUCGGUGGCUUUCAAGCUGGUGCAUGAUGGACUUGUGUUCGUCAGCCCCCAGCUGCUGAAGCUGCUGAUCGCCUUUGUGUCGGAUGAGGAGUCCUUUGCCUGGCAAGGCUAUCUGUAUGCCAUCCUGCUCUUCCUGACGGCACUGAUCCAGUCCCUCUGCCUGCAGCAGUACUUCAGCUUGUGCUUCCAGCUUGGCAUAAAUGUGCGUGCCAGUCUCACUGCUGCCAUCUACAAGAAGGCACUCACCAUGUCCAGUGCCACCCGCAAGGAGUCCACGGUGGGAGAGACUGUGAAUCUGAUGUCAGCUGAUGCCCAGAGGUUCAUGGACACAGCCAACUUUGUUCACCAGCUGUGGUCAUCCCCCCUGCAAAUUAUCCUGGCCAUUGUCUUCCUCUGGGGAGAGCUGGGCCCCUCUGUUCUGGCUGGCAUCGCAGUUAUGGUGCUGCUCAUCCCCAUAAAUGGGUUCCUGGUUGCCAAGGCCAAAACCAUCCAGGUGAGGAACAUGAAGAACAAGGAUGAACGCAUGAAAAUAAUGAGUGAAAUCCUCAAUGGAAUCAAGAUCCUGAAGCUUUUUGCCUGGGAGCCCUCAUUUGAGAAGCGAGUCAAUGAGAUCCGGGCACGUGAGCUCAAGGACUUGGUGAACUUCAGUUACCUGCAGUCAAUCUCUAUCUUCGUGUUCACGUGUGCCCCCUUCCUGGUCUCCUUGGCCAGCUUUGCUGUUUACAUGCUGGUGGAUGAGAACAACAUCCUGGAUGCACAAAAAGCCUUUACUGCCAUCUCCCUUUUCAACGUGCUGCGCUUCCCCAUGGCCAUGCUGCCCUUGGUCCUUUCUUCCUUGGUGCAGACCAAUGUGUCGACUGCGAGGCUGGAGCGCUACCUGGGCAGAGAAGACCUGGACACCUCGGCCAUCCACCACAACCCCAUUGCAGGCAGCGCUGUGCGUUUCUCGGAGGCCACCUUUGCCUGGGAGCAGGACGGCAAUGCUGUGAUAAGAGAUGUCACCCUGGACAUCGCACCUGGGAGCCUGGUGGCCGUGGUGGGGGCUGUGGGCUCAGGCAAAUCUUCGCUGGUGUCAGCCAUGCUCGGGGAGAUGGAGAGUAUCAAGGGACACAUCAACAUCCAGGGCUCCCUGGCCUAUGUACCCCAGCAGGCCUGGAUCCAGAACGCCACACUGAAAGACAACAUCCUUUUUGGGUCAGAACUGGAUGAAGCCAGGUAUCAGCAGGUCAUCAGGGCCUGCGCCCUCCUUCCAGACCUGGAACUGCUGCCUGCGGGUGACCAGACAGAGAUUGGAGAGAAGGGCAUUAACCUGAGCGGGGGCCAGAAGCAGAGAGUCAGCCUGGCCCGGGCAGUGUACAGCAACGCAGACAUCUAUGUCCUGGAUGACCCCCUGUCUGCCGUGGAUGCUCAUGUCGGCAAGUACCUCUUCGAGCAUGUGCUGGGGCCAAAAGGGCUGCUGCAAAAGAAGACACGGAUCUUGGUGACGCACAGUAUCAGUUUCCUGCCCCAGGUUGAUAACAUCGUGGUGCUGGUGGCAGGAGCAGUGUCUGAGCAUGGCUCCUACAGCACCCUGCUUGCAAACAGGGGGGCCUUUGCCCAGUUCCUGAACUUGUACGGCAGCCAGGAGGAGGAUGCUUCAGAGAAGAAUACCACAGCUGUUGCUUUAGCUGGGGAUGAAGAGCAGGGUGAUGAAGACACUGAGCCUUGUGUGGAGGAGGGUCCUGAUGAUGUGGUGACCAUGACCCUGAAACGCGACGCCAGCAUCCGUCAGAGAGAGUUCAGUCGCAGCCUUAGUAAAAGCAGCACCAAUUCCUGGAAGAAGGCCCAGGAGGAGCCCCCAAAGAAGCUGAAAGGCCAGCAACUGAUUGAGAAAGAAGCUGUGGAAACCGGCAAGGUGAAGUUCUCCAUGUACCUGCGGUACCUGCAUGCCGUUGGCUUGUGGUAUUCUUUCUGGGUUGCCAUGGGCUACGUUGGACAGUACGUCGCCUUCGUGGGGACUAACCUGUGGCUCAGCGCCUGGACUGACGAUGCGCAGCACUACCUGAACCAGACCUAUCCCACAGAGCAGCGGGACCUGCGGAUCGGCGUCUUUGGGGCACUGGGGGUGUCACAAGCUCUCUUCCUGCUCUUUGCAACCAUCCUGUCUGCUCGUGGUGCCAUGCGAGCCUCCCGGGUUAUGCAUCAGCAACUGCUCAGCAACAUCCUGCGUGUGCCCAUGAGCUUUUUUGACACGACCCCGACUGGCCGCAUUGUGAAUAGGUUUGCCAAGGACAUCUUCACGAUAGAUGAGACCAUUCCCAUGUCCUUCCGCAGCUGGCUCUCCUGUUUCAUGGCCAUCAUUAGCACAUUGCUCAUGAUCUCCCUGGCCACCCCAUUCUUCACUCUCGUUAUCAUUCCCUUGAGCAUCUUCUACUAUUUUGUCCUGCGCUUCUAUGUCUCCACGUCACGCCAGCUAAGGCGUCUGGACUCUGUAACUAGGUCUCCCAUCUACUCCCACUUUGGUGAGACAGUGUCAGGACUUUCUGUGAUCCGCGCCUUCGGACACCAAGAACGAUUCCUGCAGCAGAAUGAGAGCACCAUGGACAUCAAUCAGAAAAGUGUUUACUCCUGGAUAGUCUCAAAUAGGUGGCUGGCCAUCCGUCUGGAGUUCGUUGGGAGCCUGGUGGUCUUCUUCUCUGCGCUUCUAGCUGUGAUUUCAAAGGGCACUUUGGAGGGCGGCAUCGUGGGUCUUUCUGUCUCCUCUGCCCUCAAUGUGACCCAGACACUGAACUGGCUGGUGCGGACGUCUUCAGAGCUGGAGACAAACAUUGUGGCUGUGGAGCGGGUACAUGAGUACACGAAGGUGAAGAAUGAGGCUCCGUGGGUGACAGAAAAGCGUCCACCCCAUGGCUGGCCCAGCAAAGGUGAGAUCCAGUUUGUUGACUACAAAGUUCGUUACCGACCUGAACUGGAGCUGGUUCUUCAGGGGAUCACCUGCAAUAUUCGGAGCACUGAGAAGGUUGGGGUUGUGGGCCGGACUGGGGCUGGAAAAUCCUCCCUCACCAACUGCCUCUUCCGGGUGCUGGAGGCCGCUGGAGGGACGAUCAUCAUCGACGAGGUGGAUAUAGCAACGAUCGGCCUCCAUGACCUGCGCCAGAACCUCACCAUCAUCCCUCAGGACCCCGUGCUCUUUACUGGCACCCUGCGGAUGAACCUGGACCCCUUUGACCAGUACACGGACGAGGAGGUCUGGAAGGCCCUUGAGCUGGCCCACCUGAAGUCAUAUGUGCAAGACCUUCCCGAGGGGCUGCUGCAUCUUGUGAGCGAGGCAGGCGAGAACCUGAGUGUUGGGCAGAGGCAGCUGGUGUGCCUGGCCCGGGCCCUCCUUCGCAAAGCCAAGAUCCUCAUCCUGGAUGAAGCGACAGCAGCCGUAGAUCUGGAAACUGAUCAUUUAAUCCAGACAACGAUCCGGAGCGAGUUUGUUGACUGCACUGUCCUUACUAUUGCCCACCGCCUCCACACCAUCAUGGACAGCAACAGGGUGAUGGUGCUGCAGGCUGGGAGGAUUGUGGAAUACGACAGCCCUGAGGAGCUGCUCAAGAAGCACGGUGUCUUCUCCGCAAUGGCAAAGGAUGCUGGCAUCGUGAAUACAGAAACCACUGUGCUGUAGGUGGAGCAGAGCAGUGUGCGGGUGUGUGCAGUGGCAGCUCCCUCCCACUGGCACUCACCAGGCAGGCAGCAGCUUCUCCCUGCUGCCAGGCUGCCCAGGAAUUUCUCUCUGCAGCUGGGAAGCGGAGAGAGUGGCUUCUCUGGCCGGGACAGAGGAUCUGGACUUGAGUGAGCUGUUAACCUUGCUACCCUACCCUGCUUGCUGUGCACAUGAGGGUCUGGAGCUGCAUAAUUUAUUCCAGUAUAGAGGGGAAAAUUCUGCCAUGGGAGACCAUGACCCCCAUGAGGGUCCUAGUUUUUGUACUUCACCAUGCCAGGGGAAACCUAGCUGAGAUAAGCUUUAGCACUAUGGAAUGAAAUUUACAGUUUAAUCUAAGAGUGUUAUAAACUUUUGUAACCGUU